AUGAAAUUGAACACAAUUGCAGCCCUGUUGGCCUCCCUGUCUGCUGUGGGCUCCGUCAAUGCGAUCAACAUCAUCUCCUCCAACGAUGAUGGCUGGGCCGAAGUGAAUAUUCGAGCUCUCUUUGACACGCUCACUGCUGGUGGCCACUCCGUCGUGGUAGCUGCCCCAGCAGAGAAUCAGAGCGGAACUGGUUCCUCGCAAGGGACACCCACGACUCUCACGGAAGCCUGUGAAUUCAACAGCUGCCCUUCUGGUAGUCCAGCCAUUGGACACAAUACUUCACAGCCACGUCUGAACUAUGUCAAUUCGUAUCCGGCAACAUCCAUGAAGUACGGCAUCAACUCGAUCGGCCCUCAAUUCUUUGACGGCACUCCUGAUCUCGCGGUCGCCGGCCCGAAUGUUGGAAACAACAUUGGGCUGGCGGCCUUGCUAUCUGGCACCGUUGGAGCGACCACUUACGCUGCCCAUAAUGCUGGAAUUCCCGCAAUUGCAUUCUCUGGAGCCACAGGCUCCCAAACUGCCUGGAAUGCCUCCGCUACCUACCCGACUUACAGCCAAGUAUAUGCCGAUCUUGCGCUCAAUUUGACCGACCACCUGGUCGCCGCUGGCAGACCUUAUCUCCCGAACGACAUCUGGCUGAAUGUGAACUUCGGGGCAGUCUUGUCGGAAUGCAGGACGGCCGAGGACUUUUCUUUCGUGCUUUCACGUAUUCAUGUCGCGGUGCCUCUCAUCACCCCCGACGACGUGACGACCUGUGGUAGCUCCCGGCUGCCGAGCGAGAUAGCCGUUUCCCUCACUUCUGGAUGUUACGCAAGCGUGUCAGUAGGAGUGGCAGGCACCAAGGGUGACGCCAACGCCACGAUGCAGGGGGUUGUUCUGAAGAAACUGAGCAAUAUUCUCACCUGCUUGGCGUAA